AUGAAAAUAGCAGUGGUAGGAGCAACCGGGAUGGUUGGGACUCAAAUUUUAAGAGUGUUAGCGGAAAAUUCUUUUCCUAUUACCGAAUUGUUAUUAGUUGCUUCAGAAAAAUCCGUAGGGAAGGAGUUAAGCUUUGGAGGAAGUAAACAUGCUAUUAUUUCUAUGGAGGAAGCAAUUUCUAGAGCUCCACACAUUGCCAUUUUUUCUGCAGGAGGAGAUACCUCAAGAGCUUUUGCCCAACAAUUUGCUGAGGUUGGAACUACUGUGAUUGAUAAUUCUUCAGCUUUUAGGAUGGACGAGGACAAAAAAUUAAUCGUACCUGAAAUCAAUGCCAAUGAAUUAACCAAAGAAGAUAAGAUUAUAGCUAACCCCAAUUGUUCAACGAUUCAAAUGGUAUUGGCUUUAUCGGAAGUGCAUAAAAAGUAUGGGCUAGAAAGAUUAGUUAUUUCUACUUAUCAGUCUAUCACUGGAACUGGAGUCAAAGCUGUGAAGCAAAUGGAAAAUGAGCGGAGGGAGUUGAAAGGUGAAAUGGCUUAUCCUUACCCAAUUGACAAAAACUGUUUACCUCAUGGAGGAGACUUUCAAGAAGAUGGAUACACGACUGAAGAGAUUAAGUUAGUGAAUGAAACCCAUAAAAUAUUUAACGACAGUACUGUUCGAAUUACAGCAACAGUAGUCCGAGUGCCAGUUGUGGGAGGACAUUCCGAAUCUGUUAAUGUGGAGUGUAGAAAGCCAUUUGAGAUUUCAGAAGUAAGAAAGGUUAUUGCUGAUACACCUGGCGUUGUGUUGAAAGACAAUCCUGAGUUAAAUGUGUAUCCUAUGCCGAAAUAUGCAGAGGGUAAAAACGAAGUUUUUGUAGGAAGAAUAAGAAGAGAUUUUUCAGUGCAAAACGGACUUAAUAUGUGGAUUGUAGCUGACAAUUUAAGAAAAGGUGCUGCAACUAAUGCAGUGCAAAUUGCUGAGUAUUUAGUAGCUAAUCAGCUGACAAGGGGUUCUAUCAGUGAAGUGAAAAAGGUGCCUGUAGAAAAAGAGAUCAUAGUAAUGGAAAUGUUAGCCACUUUGAUACCUCCAAAGAAACACAGCCAGUGUAGUCCUACUAUGGCUCCAACACCUGCCAAUUGA